CAUUAUCGAGUCAUCACCCUUUAAUCAAUCCAUUGAUCUUGUAGUUGCUGCUAAUUUUUUCUAUAUAAACUCAAUUAGCUAAGAUCCAUUUUCAUCAGAAUCAGCAUCAGCUACCAUCAAUGGCACAUGGCCAUAGCACUUCAUGUUUAGUUGGGAAACUUGUUACUGAGUUGGAUGUUAACUACAACGCCGACAAGUAUUACCAAAUAUUUAAGAACCAUGAAGAGGUUUCAAGAGCAAUACCUCAUAUUUACAGGAGCAUAAAAGUUCUUGAGGGACAUGGAAAGACUUCCGGUUGUAUCAAGGAAUGGUGCUAUAUUCAUGAGGGUAAAACACUGAUUCUCAAGGAGAGCACAACAUAUAACGAUGAAACAAGGAUGAUAUGUCACAGCGUUGUAGGAGGAGAUAUUGCAAAUGAUUACAAGAUGUUCAAUGCAACACUUCUGGUUAAGGGAAAUUUUAGUAGUCAAGUUGUUGCAAUUGCCCACCCACCCCAGCCGACUCUCAUCCAUCAUUCUAGCCUUUGUAGGCUGGCUCAUAAGUCUCACGUUAGCCUUAGUAAGCUGGCUGAGAAGUCUCAUCUUAGCUUUGGCAAGCGGGAGCACAAGCAUCAUUUUAGCCUUAAGCCGAUUUUGCACAACCUGGCCGGCUGUGACUGUGACACGCGAAGGCAAGAGUUUAGUCCACCCGUUCCUACGUACGUGGCUCCGUCCUUUCAUGGAAACACUGUGAUGUGGAUCAUAGAUUAUGAGAAGAUGAAUAAGGAUACACCAGUUCCUGUUUCUUAUCUAGCUUUCUUCCAUCGGAUCAUUCUAGACUUGAACUCUCACUUCUGUGCUUAUGGUUAAUUAUCACUGUCUUGCGUAUGGUAUUUGUGCGGUUAUAUAUAUAUAAAAACUAUAUAUAAAUGUGGACUUGGCAAAAAAUCUAUUUUCUGCCUAAUGAGGGCUUACUUAUUGCACGUGUAUGUGUGGUUUGUUUACAAAAUAAUUAAGAAAUAUGAAUAAGUAAACCGUACAAGUCAUUUGGAUCCUUUCUUU